AUGGCCUGGCAUUGUGGACAGCGUCUGUUCUCGCAACCAGCAGCGAAUCAGUCUCUAUUCAAAAGUCAGCACGUCGAGUCGCAAACCGAGGAGUAUCCCGUCUUACCUUACACAACCUUCACAGAUAACAUGCCCACAUGGGUCGAUGCGAACAGGCAAUUCGCACACGUCGCGACACACGAUACAGUCAUCCUCAACCCGACCACGCACUCGGUGGAAAUGCUUCUCGAAGAAGAUAGCGCGAGUCGGGAGAGACUUUGA